UUCUCGGAGGAUAUAAUUACGUAAUUGUUGUUGAUCCGGUUAAAAAAAUAGCUCCGCCAACUUAAAGGGCACUGUAAACUAAAUCGAGCCCAGCCUUGACGAUGACUCGAAGGCGGAAGAGGAAGGGCGACUGUUAGACACCAGGGGGGGUAUUCCAGAAAGCAAGUUAUGCUAGCUCCCACGGCCUUCCAUUUACCCCUGGACAUCCUGGAGGAAAUGUUUCUAAAUGUACCCCCACAUCAGGUGGUCCGUGCCUGUCGUUUAGUGUGCCAUGAGUGGAAAGAAGUUGCAGACAGGGACUCAUUCUGGAGAGAAAGAUGCAGAAGAGAAGGAUAUCACCUCUGCCAUGCUUCCAAAGUACCAACCAACUGGAAACAUUUCUAUUUUAUUAGCAAGAACAUAAGAAAUCUUCUCAAAAAUCCAAGAGGAGAAGAUGAGUUCAAUGGGUGGACCAUAGUUGAAAAUGGUGGUGACCAAUGGAAAAUUGAAGCUCCUAUGGUAUCUCAUCCUAAUGAGGGAGUCCAAAAAAACUUUGUAACCUCUUAUGGAAUGUGCUUAAAGUCGCAGCUGAUUGAUUUAAAGAAAGAAGGUUACAACUCUUCAUUUAUGGAUGAAAUGCAGCCACACAUCCGCAUAUCUGAUUGGUACGCGCCUCGAUGGGAUUGCGGCAGUGAAUAUAUAAUCACUGUGGAGCUUCUGAAUGACAAGAAGGCCGUUGUUCAGGAAUUUACUCCUGAACCUGUUACCUUUCCUCAAUGGAACGACCAGCAGUGGAAUCAGGCUUUUGAUUUACCCCUGGACAUCCUGGAGGAAAUAUUUCUAAAUGUGCCCCCACAUCAGGUGGUCCGUGCCUGUCGUUUAGUGUGCCAUGAGUGGAAAGAAGUUGCAGACCGGGACUCAUUCUGGAGAGAAAGAUGCAGAAGAGAAGGAUAUCACCUCUGCCAUGUUUCCAAAGUACCAACCAACUGGAAACAUUUCUAUUUUGCUUGCAAGAACAGAAGAAAUCUUCUCAAAAAUCCAAGAGGAGAAGAUGAGUUCAAUGGGUGGACCAUAGUUGAAAAUGGUGGUGACCAAUGGAAAAUUGAAGCUCCUAUGGUAUCUCAUCCUAAUGAGGGAGUCCAGAAAAACUUUGUAACCUCUUAUAGAAUGUGCUUAAAGUCACAGCUGAUUGAUUUAAAGGAAGAAGGUUACAACUCUUCAUUUAUGGAUGAAAUGCAGCCACACAUCUGCAUAUCUGAUUGGUACGCGCCUCGAUGGGAUUGCGGCAGUGAAUAUAUAAUCACUGUGGAGCUUCUGAAUGACAAGAAGGCCGUUGUUCAGGAAUUUACUCCUGAACCUGUUACCUUUCCUCAAUGGAACGACCAGCAGUGGAAUCAGAUGACUCAUGUUUUCAAAGAUUAUGGGCCAGGAGUGAGAUACAUCAAAUUUACACACGGCGGCAAAGACACACAAUUCUGGGCAGGCUGGUACGGUAUUCGAGUGACGGAUAGCUGUGUUGAGAUCUGUCCAGCUGAUGAUUCGUAGAUUUUGGAGAUUCAUCCAAUGCUCGUUUGGAAGGUGGCUGGUUGAAACUGGUAGUAUCACUGACUUCAGAGAAUAAAUGAUAUUUACAUGUGCUUUAAAAACUUGUUUCAUAUAUAUGUUAUCAAAUAAUACAUCCAUCAUCUUUUAUUCCAUAAACAAAAACAAAUUGAGAUUAAUUCAAGGAUUGUCUUUAUAUCUUUUUUCCUUUUUUGGGUUUCUUUUUCUUCCUUUGUUGUAUGUUAUCUAAUUGUGUGAUAUUUGCUGAUACCCUUCUUGUUCAUAUGAUUAUGUUGAAGGCUAUUCAAACUAUACAUGCUGCAUCAUUUGAGGUUUUUCUAAAGUCUUGUUGACUGUCAUACGUCUACUUGGUAUCUAUUGUGACACUGUGGUUGUGGAGCCUUAGCGAUGAACCCCCAUUUUCUUUGUGUAUUUCUGUUUUGUUAAGAUCAGGAAGGCAGGUUGACCGUAUCAUUUGGAAACUCAAUUUGCAUUUGACAUUUAACUUAGUUCUGUUUUAUUAUGUUGUUCCUGGUUCACCCAGAGCUUAAAUACUUCACUGUUAACUUUCCAUCUUCGAGAGCAGAUUUGAGCCUUUCAAUUUUGCAGUGCAGGUUAUCUAUUUGCUUCUGUAACUCUAUUUGUAAAUUGUUAUUUUCUGUGUCCUCCAUAUUAAACUAUACACA